AUGCCGGAUGAAAGAGACAAAGACUUUGACGACGCGACUUUGUUCCUCGGCAGCUAUGGUCCUUUUCAGAUUGCAUUAAUGCUUCUGCUGAGUAUAUUUAUUAUUCCCUCUGGGUAUAUGGGUGUGGUGUUUGUUUUUGUAUCUGAUACUCCAGAGUUUCAUUGUAAAGUGAAUGAAACAUGGAACAGUAGUUAUGUGACAUUCACAGAGCGCAGCAGCUCUGUAGGACCUGAUGGCUGCAGCAAAUACAAAGAGAGACUCAACUUGACCAAAGCAUCUCUGAGCAGUGACACGGAGGUUUGUGAAGAUGGAUGGGAGUUUAGUAAAGACAUCUACACCACCACUAUUGUGUCCGAGUGGGAGCUGGUGUGUAACAAUGCAUGGAAAGUGCCCUUUUCCUCCUCAUUAUAUUUUGUUGGAGUUUUGACUGGGUCUUUUGUCUGUGGGAACCUGGCAGACAGGUUUGGUAGGAAGCCUGUGUUGUUUUUUACUAUGGCUAUACAAUGUGUUACUACUUUGAUCCAAGCUGCAUCUGUCAAUUGGGUCAUGUUUACCACGUUGAGCUGUUUGAGAGGAUUUGGACUGACAUCCAGCUUCACUACUGCCCUUAUUCUGGGGAGUGAGGUACUGAGACCCAAGGUUCGUAUGACCUACACCCUGGUUCUGAGUGUAGGUUUUGGGCUAGGUUAUGCCGUGUUACCACUGUUCGGAUACUUCAUAAGGAACUGGAGGAUGCUGCUAGUAGCUUGUUCCAUACCUGGUUUUUUAGUUAUGCCAUUGUGGUGGGUGGUACCAGAGUCUCCACGAUGGCUUUUGCAGAAAAACAGAUUUAAAAAAGCUGAAUCUAUAAUCUGCAAAGUAGCCAAAAUGAACCGAGUGCCUACCCCUGAUGUCAUAUUUACAUCUAAAGAGCAUUUGGAUCAGAUGAAAUCAAAUAAAGACAAAAGUGAUUCAUACACAUGUUUGGAUCUAGUACGCACAUCAAACAUCAGAAUCAUUACACUAAUGGGGACUUUCAUAUGGUUUACGUGUAUCUUGGUCUUCUCUGGCCUAUCUCUGAAUACAAGUAACUUAAAUGGGAACAAAUAUCUAAACUGCUUCAUCUCUGCUGUGACUGACAUUGCAGCUUAUGUUUUGACUUGGUUCCUGGUCAGUAGAGUGUCAAGGCCUAUCUUCCUCUUUGCUUCCUUGAUGUUUUGUGGUAUUUUGCUUCUAAUAAUCCAACUUGUUCCUGACGAAAUGGACGCUGUGUUCCAAGCACUAGCCCUGAGUGGAAGAAUGGGGAUUUCAGCUGCUUACACUUUCACCAAUGUGUUUUUUAUUGAGCUGAUGCCCACCGUUAUCAGAAACACAGGACUAGGAUUUUUUUCUACAUCUGGACGAAUCAGCAGUAUUUUGUGCCCAUAUAUAAUUUUCUUAGGGAUGUACAACAAGCUCACUCCAUACAUUGUCUUUGGCUCCAUGAGUGUUAUGGCUUCUAUAUUCACGUUGUUUCUGCCAGACACUAGAGACAUCAAACUACCUGACCUAAUAAACCAGAUGCAACCAGUCCGUAGACCUUUCUGCCCAAAGAAGUGUACAUCCACAUACAGUCACAAUCUGAAAACAGAAGAAGUGGGGAUGAGCUCCCUCUGUUGA